CGGCCAAUGGCGAACGCGCUAGCUACCCUUUAUAUACCCCCGCGUCACCGCACUUCCAUCUCAUCCAUUCCGUUUCUGCAAUCUCGUCCCGAAAGUCCGAAAAGCAAGACAGCGAUUCAAUCUACCGCUUUCCACAUCUCUCUCCUCCUUUCUCAAGAGUUCCCUGUUGAUCAGUUUUGAUUCUGAUAUCCUUUUCCGUACGAGUGCGUUAUCUAUGGAACAUAACUCCUUUGAGCCUGAGCUACAUUUCGAAGCUACUGGAGAUGUUUCUUUUCACCAGAAAUGGAAAUCUAUGUCAGCCCCAACAACAGACACAGUCGAUGAAGAUGGCUGCUUUGGCUGUAACAUUUGCUUAGAGCCUGCGCAUGAACCUGUGGUCACCCUCUGCGGUCACUUAUACUGCUGGCCAUGCAUUUACAAGUGGAUUAAUGUAAAAAUCUCCUCGGACGAACCAGAGCAUCAACAACCGAAAUGCCCUGUUUGUAAAGCUAACAUAUCACAGAAUUCGUUGGUCCCCCUCUAUGGUCGUGGCACAUCCUCUUCUGAUUCCGAUGUCAAGAAAUCCAAUUUGGGUCCUGUCAUUCCCCGCCGGCCACGUCCUUGUGGGUUGCACAACCUCAUUUCUUCGACGCAACAUCGUCCAAAUUAUUUUCAGACGCAGUCGGGGUCAUUUCAUCACCAGCACUAUCCCCCUCAUCCAUAUGGAGGUCACUCUGCAAAUGGAUCAGCUUAUAUUGGUGGUACAGCAAUGGCUAGUUUAGUUAAUCCGACAAUUGGGAUGCUUGGAAUAGGGGAGAGGAUCUAUGCGAGGAUGUUUGGGAGCUCAAAUACAAGCUUGUACGCCUGCCCUCUCACAGAGAUUAGCAGUCCCAGGAUGAGAAGGCAGGAAAUGAAGUUUGACAAGUCUCUUAACAGAGUCUCCAUUUUUCUCUUCUGUUGCAUAAUCUUGUGUCUUCUCCUUUUCUGAUCAUGUUCCUUUCUGGGGUUCGCUUUUGUAUAGUUCUGGGAGGAAUUAUGAAAUUUUAGUACGUAGAGUAGAAGAAGAUAUACAUGAUCCUGGUAUCGAUUUUGCAACAAUACCACUUGUCAUAAUUUGUUUUUUGGGUGUGUACAUAAUCUGCUAUUUUUUGGUUGGAUUUAUAAUAAGUUCUUGAUCUGAUAUUGAUGUUA